AUGACGCAGCGUAAAAUUGCACAUUCAUGCCCCAACUUGACCAUGAGUGUUGGUGAAUGCAGUGUGGACGAGUGUUUCCGGUUCGAGCUGCAGACGGCGCUGCAGUACGUGCGCCUGCGUCCUUUCCGAUACACGCUCUGCCGCGCGGUGCCGCUCGACAUCAACCUGCUGCAUUAUUCGGACCUGUUCUUGGGAGCCCUUCUGACACUACUACAUUCAAAAGUGAUGAUCUAUUCACCAGCGGUGAUUCUAGAGGUAACUAUACGUGAAGUGGAGAAAAUCAAGGCCAUUCUAACCACACAAAUAUUGAGAACCUCAGACGAGUGUCUCCGGUUCGAGCUGCAGACGGCGCUGCAGUACGUGCGCCUGCGUCCGUUCCGAUACACGCUCUGCCGCGCGGUGCCGCUCGACAUCAACCUGCUGUUCACGUCCACAGCAUUUUGUAUUACUUAUGUCAUUGUAGCCUUGCAGGUGACGCAUUUUGCAGCUUAUUGAAGUUUUAAUAAAGUAUUUUGUCUGUUGUUCUAUUAGUGUUUUUUUUC